AUUACCAACUAGCAGGCACUAGCUUUUUGGACCCACACGGCAUCUGAGAGUUCAUGCCGUUUGUCGCAACCAUAGCUGUUAUUUGAGUGUCAGACGGAGAAAAUACUGUUACUGUGGCCCUGGAAACCUCACAGACCUAUAUUUUUUGAAGUUAAUAUGAUGUAGCUGAUGAAGCAGGAUGGGACUACCAGUACAAACUCCUUUUGAGUGCUACUGCAUAAUGCAGCUCUGUUUGAGCUCUCAGAACACAGAGCCAUAAACUCCAUGCAUCACGUGAAGUCAUUUACUCAACAGAAACUGCAAAUUGCAUUCAAAAACAUAUACUGAAAGGAUAAACAUGUUUGCCAAGUUGAAGAAGAAGAUUGCAGAGGAGGCGGCCACAGCCCCUCGGAGUGGUGUUCGUAUACCACGCACUAUCAGCAAGGAAUCCAUUACCUCAGUGGGGGCAGACUCAGGAGAUGACUUUGCGUCUGAUGGCAGCAGCUCGAGGGAUGACCUGCCCUCCCAGCUCCUCCGAAGGAACGAUCAGAUCCGGAAGCUGGAGGCCAAGCUGUCAGACUACGCUGAGCAGCUACGAAUUAUGCAGAAGACCAAGGAGAAGCUUGAAAUUGCGUUAGAAAAGCAUCAGGAUUCAUCCAUAAAGAAACUUCAGGACCAGAGUGAGUCUUAUCAGGCCAAUAAAGCCAAGAUGGCAGAGGGAAUGACUUUAGCACUGGAAAAGAAGGACCAGGAAUGGAUGGAAAAGAUGGCUAAUAUGGAAAAGGAGAAGGCUGCCCUGUCAGCUCGGCUAGAGGAGAUGAUGGAGCAAAGCUUAGCUCUCUUCCAGAAAAGAGAUGACCUGGAUGAAUUGGAGGGCUUUCAGCAACAGGAGCUUGCUAAAGUUAAACACAUGUUGCUGAAGAAAGAGGAGCAGCUGAGCCAGCGGGAGCGAGACCUCCAUCAGAAAGAGGCUGAACUUAAGUCAGCAAAGCUUGGCCUGUCCGAGACUCGAGGGAAACUCCAGACUCUGGAACAGCAUUAUGAGGAGAGCUGCAGGCUCAGCUCAGAGCUUGAAAUAGAGCGAGAGGAACUGCUGCUGCUCCGAGAGGAGGCAGACAGGAAGAUCAGUGAGCUGGAGGUACAGUGCCAGGACUUGCAGUCAGUCAUCCAGCAGGUUUCUGAAGACUUCCAGAAGUCACAGAGUAUGGUGUCAACUUUACAGAAGUCCCUCAGUGAUUUACAGACUGAACAUGAUACCCUGAAGUUGCAGCAGCAAAAGGCUGCUGUGACGGAGCAGGACAAGGAGCGCUUGUUGAUGGAACUGCAGAAGAAAGUGACCUCCCUGGAGAGACGACUGCAGGGGAACCUGAGCCAGGAUGAGCAUCUACAGGAGCUUCUCCAGGAGAAGUCUAGUGUGGAGCAAACUCUGGAAGAGACCAGAGCAGAGCUGCUGGCUGUUCGGACGAGCCAUGCUGAUACUGUCAGCUCCCUGGAGGCACAGGUAUCCAGAAUGAGCUGCAGUAUUACUGAGCUGCAGACCCUUCUCCGACACAAAGAAGAGUCCUCCAGGGCCUACAGAGAGAGAACAGACACACAAAUAGCUAACCUGGAGCAGCGAGUCCUAGAGGGUAGUGAGAAACUAAAGAGUACAGAGCAGCAGAUGACAGAGAAACAGCAGCACAUAAAUAAACUGCAAGGAGAGUGGAGUGCAGAGAAAGCCUUUCUGGAUCAGCAGGUGUGUUUGUUACAGCAGCAGAGUCAGGAGAAGGCCAGUCGUUUGGAAGAAAGCAUCGCCUCUUUACAGACAGAUAAACAAAUGUUGGAGGACAGGGUGGUUGAAUUGGAGACGGAGAGGAACGACGUGAAGUCCACGGUGAGGCAACAGACAGAAGAGCUGGAGCAAUGCAGGGCGGAACUGAAUAGCCAGCAGAUGGUGUGCGCCGAAAUCACCAAAGCUCUGGAAGAAACCAGACAACAGAAAGAGGAGCUGCAAACACAGGUUGGAGAACUGGCCAGAUCCCUUCAGUCCUCACAGCAGGAAAUGUCCACUGUCACUGAGAAGCUAACACUGAAAGAGAAAGACAUACAGACACUCCAGAAUGAGGUGCAGAGUCGGCAGGCAUCACUAGUCCAGCUGCGGGAGGAGGCUGGGCGACUGCAAGUCCAGCUUCAGCAGGUGGAGAUGGACAAAGACUCCCAGCUGAUCAGCCUCAGGAAGGAGCUACUCAGCCAGACACAGCAGCUAGAUAGCUGCCAGGCACGGAUCUCGUACUUGGAGGUGGAGGUGGAAACCCUGACAGAACAACUUCACAGCCCUGACGUGUGUGAGGAGGAUCAGAAUGGCAGUGUCACGGUGGAUGAUCUGGAUCACAUUCAGAAAGUCAACAGAGAGUUGGAGCAACAGCUCAGCGACAAGAACAGGACCAUCAAGCAGCUGCAGCAGAGACUGGCAGAACUUAAAAGGACACUGCAGAAAGAGCUGAAACUAAAAUCUGAACCAGAAGUUGAAGGGAAGGAGAAGUUACCAGAAAGCCGAGCAGAAAAACAAGAGAAGGUUUGUCAAGACCCACCACCAGCAUCCACCCCGAGCCCCCCGACCUCCAGCACCACUGUGACCAACACCUCAGACCUCAGCGACUCACGAGAAAUCAACUUUGAGUACCUCAAACAUGUCGUUCUCAAGUUUAUGUCAUCCAGAGAAGCUGAGGCGUAUCAGCUAAUACGAGCUGUGUCUGUGCUGCUGAACUUCACUCAUGAGGAAGAGGACAUGCUAAAGCAAACUCUGGAGUAUAAGAUGUCCUGGUUUGGAUCAAAGCCUUCUCCAAAGGGUAUCAUCCGACCUUCAAUCUCAGGCACUUCAACUCAGUGGAGCUGAUGAGCAGCAGAGAUUGCUGAUGUAACAUGAUGGAGAGAAAGGAACCUAAGAACCUCUAGGAGGAAAAGGUCUAUCCUAUGUUGGUCGCACCACUGAGCAGGACUCUAGCUUUAUACAGCCUCCCACAGUUUUCUCUGGCUUUGUGUGGGACGAACUGUUGUUCUGUGGGUGUUUUGUUUUGUCAAAGGUAGAGGCACAUUGGCUUUUGACAAAAUGUUAGAGUAACUGGACAGACACAUUGUUCACACUUGAGUUUAAAGUGUGAAAAGUCUCAUUUUUCUCUCCGUACAUAUGACGCACAUCUGAUGUUGACUACUCAGUGAAAACAGCAAAAGGUGAUUUAGCAUAUUAGAAAAUGAGGCCCAACAUCAAAUAGAUACAACAGGCUUGAAUACUAUACACAUCAGAUGACUGUACAGCAUUUUAUUGCGGGUUAUUAUUUAAUUCUAAAUCACCGAGGGCACCGUAAUAAAGGUGUCACUUUACUGACCUGUAUGGGAUACUGAAACCUAUUUGGCCUGAUUAGUGGUUUCUGUCAAAUGGAUAUAGUUCACGGGACCCACAUAGUCUAAAUCGCAUUUUGUGUAUAUGUGGAGUCCUCUAAACUAAAGGCAGCACAUUUUGGGUUCAGAUUUACAAAGAUCUUUUAAAGUGUUCAUGGCAUGCCCAUCUCCAUCCAUUUAAUGUUUAAUCUUAGGUACCUCUAGAUUAGCUUUGCAUUUGGACCCAUCAUAACUCCAAAUAGUUUGUAAUUAUUUCAGAACGAUAAAACCAAAACGCCUCUUCCUAAAAACGAAAGAACAGUUCAUGAAAACUCCUGUUGCCAAUGUUGUCGCAACUGGACAGCGCAAUGAACCGCAAUGGCAUUAAUUAUUAGGAAUUUCUCCUCCAUAGAUAGGUAAACAACGCUAUAUAUACCGAUGAAAAGAGAUGUGUAACACUCCAAACAAAGUGGGUAAUUGAGAAACCCCAUAUUUUAAUUGGUCAAAAUUUAAAUUCUCCAGCCUUACAAUUCUCUUUAUCGUUACAGUAACAAGGCAAUAACAGCUUACCUUUAAGUUCCACCGAGUAGUGGAAACAUCACUCCCUUUCAAGCAGCUCCAAGGUCGGUAAAUCCAACUGGUGGUUGCCGCGUCUUCCCCCACACGACCACAUACAGUCUCAAAGUAGUGAAAUUAAUUCCAACAGGUAGCGUAGCUCUGACAAUAAUAUCAUGGGUCGUUAAAAUUCUGCUUUUACAAUGGCACCGGUAGAUGUCAGGCAAGCUCGCAUUAACACGCAGCUGCCUGGAUAUAAUGAACAUUCAGGGAAAUCCUUAAACUAUCACAUAAUACUUUAUUUUGUUAGGAGAAAAAGUCUUGCGAGCGAGAGUUUGCAAGACUUUUAUUAACCAAGUUGCUUCUGCAUAGGAGUACUAGAGCAUAUGCACACGUCUAAGUUGAUAAUUCACUGUUGUAACAUUGUAGAUAAGUCAGAAUACAAGGGAAAGCAUGUCAUGGGCUCUUUAACACUCAUACAAAUCUAGCUCGGAUUAUUGUUCAAUGGCAUCACCAAAACCCAGAAUUUUCAUGAGAAAUCACACUACUGACAUUUCAUUACAUUUGACUGUUGAUUCAAGAUCAAGCAUGAUUUUUAACUGGUUUCAGUUUCAAAUCCUCAACAGAGUAGGGAAUGUAUCCUUAGUGAAAUGUAAUUGCUCUCAUUUCUCUUCAUGAAAACAUUUUUGUUUCACAAUCUCUCACUGAAAUCAGGAUUAUAAAAUGGUCUAAACUGCAGCCCAGCUGAUUUACACUGGUCAGCCACAACAUUAAAACCUCUUGCCCAAGUUUGUAUAGGUCCCCCUCCUGCUGCCAAAACAGCCCGUCAAGGCAUGGACCCCACAAGACCACUGAAGGUGUCCUUUGUUAUUGGACUCAAAGAUGUCAGCAGCAGAUCCUUUAAGUUGGGAGGUGGGGCCUCCAUGGGUCAGACUUGUUCUUCUAGCCUAUUUCAGAGAUGCUCAAUCAGAUUGAGGUCUGGGGAAUUUGGAGUCAACCCCUUGAACUGUCUUGUUCCUCAUCCAAACCAUUCCUGAACCAUUUUGGCAGUGUGGCAGGGUGCAUUGUCCGGCUGAAAGUGGCCACUGCCGCAUGGGAAUACCGUUGCCAUGAAGAGAUGUACUUGGUCAGCAAUAGUGUAUAGAUAGGUGAUAUGUGACAAAGUAACAUCGACAUGAAUGGCAGGACCUGAGAUUUCCCAGCAGAACAUUACCGAAAGCCUUGCAUUGUGUGUUCUGACUCCUUUCUAUCAGAACCAAGAUUACGCUUUUCAGCAGUUUGUGCUACAGUAGCUCUUCUGUGGGGUCACACCAUAGACUGGAUAUAUGAUUGACGUAGCAUCACCAUUUCCCGCCAAUAUGCAAAGGUGAAGCUAAAAUAUCAUGAAUACACUGGCUGCCAUCUUGCUUUUUUGCAACCAGAGUCUAUGCCGUAGUGACUAGAAGUAGACUGACACAUCAUACCACCAAUCAAAGCUGUCAAAUCAACUAAAUACACCUUUUUAUAUAAUCAACCAUCCAUCCAUUAUGUAUACCACUUAUUCUUGAAUUAGGGUCAAAUCAAACACUUUCAGAUCAUACACAAAGCAUGUCAAAGUAAAAACACUACUGAGCAUGUGUUACACACUAUAUCAGUAAAUGGAAAACAGUGUUCAGGGCAUGUAGCUGCAGAAAAAAACAAACAUUGUUUAUACAGUAAUAAAGUGAAUGCAUAUGUUUUCCAAAAAAACAAAUCACAACACUAACAGUUUAGGUGUUGUACUGCAUACAGUAAGAACUGAAAGAAAUGCAGCAUUGAAUUUGUGGAUUCAGCACUUGUAAAAUACAGUACUGCAAAUGGACAAAGACAAAAUGUAAAUAAAAAGCACAUUACGGUACACUCUAAGUGUGCAGUAACUGCAAAAUCAAUGUCAACAAGUGAUUCAUGUGGCCUCAGCAUCACGUCUUCGUGCUGGUUCAUCCACACAAGGCAACACUCUCCCUAACCUAGUCUAGUCUUCUUCCUCAUACACCACCUCUUAAACACACACACCGUCCUCUGUCAGAUUGUUUCCAUCCAUUUGUAGUAUCAACCUUCACCCCACCUUGCCUAUGAGCUCAUAUUGCUUCUGUCACAUCAUUAGCAACAAAUGUGAAGUUUUGAGGUGUGUGUGUAGGCUAUGACAGCUGUGUUGUAACUGUUUAACCUGUCACCUGUGAUUACCAUUGUCACAAGUGCAUCCCAGUGCAAAAUGUUAUUUAGUGAGUGAGAAUGUGUGUGUGUGUAGUUUAGCACAAACACUGAAUCAGACCUGAAAACUGUCUAACCAGGUGAAUAUUGUUUAAGGUUUUGCAAAAAGAGUGAUUCCCAACAAUGGGCUUUGCUGUUUAAGCAGUUCAGAAAAGUUGAUGUUGUGGCUGCUCAGGGCACAUUUUUCAGGCAGAAAAAAAAAAAACGAUACUGGUAUAACAUAAACACAUGACAGGCCAUCAUGUCAUAGUGGAAAAAUAAACUUCAUUUCCACUUUGUUAAACUGUGAAACACUAAACUUACCGGACAUGUGCUUGGCAUUUCUUUGCUGCAGUUUCUUGUUACCUGUCAGCAGCCAUAUGCACUGAUAAUCAGUGGUUUCCGAUCGUGUUCAGACAUCAUCACUUUUUGCACAUUGUGUUGCAGGUUUGAUUUUAAAUUGAGGAAAAUGUCAUUUUUGCCUUUCUGUCUAUAGUAAGUAACCCAUAAUGAGUUGUGAAAAUGUUUAGAAAUACUUGCCUUUUUUCCAAAAGUCACAAACUGAAAUCUCUCAUUUAUAAAAGUAUUCGGUCAUUUUGCUGUCACCCAGACUGUGGCCAGGUGCAUCGUGUUUGCUUUAAUCUUCUUGAGACGCGUCUACAACUUGAUUGGAUUACUUGUGGUAAUUUGAAUGGAUUGGACAGAGUUUAGAAAGAUAGAUGCCUAUGUAUGUAAGGUCCCACAAUUUUAACUGCAUGUGAGUAUUUGGAGCUUUAUUUCAGUACUUUGUAGAAGCCCCAUAGCAUCAGUUUCAGCUUUCAGUCUUCUUGAGUAAUCCCCAAUCCCAGUGUCCACACUUAGUCUUUAACUUGGCAGGAAUGAGCCUCAGUGAGGGCUCAGGGCUGUCCCACUGUUAAAUCGUCAAGUACAUGAGGACUUACUUACCUUUAUUUUAUGUUCACUUUCUGUAAGUCGGCAUUUCUGCAGACUUUACCUGAGGGAAUUCUCCACAGUUCAUUGUGUUGUGACAUGAAACACAGGAUUAGCCUACUGUACCGGGGGGGCGGGGCGGCUGGACGCGUAAAAAGGGUAAACAAAUGCAACAAAACUGAGAUAAAAGUAAAGAAGACGAGUAGUAAAUGAACAAUCAUUCUUAUGUUAACUGAUGUUUUUCUAUGUUGCUUUUGACAAAAGCAUCUGCUAAAUACUGUAACUUAAACAUAUUUUACACACCUAUUUCAUUAACUAUUUUCUUUUUUGCCUGAUGUCAUUUUGAUAAAAGCAUAUUUAACUGAUUAGGUAAUUGACAACUGCCCCUCAUCCACUUGUAAGGCAAGAGCCUGGAUCAUGUUCAAAUCAGCCAGUCGGUCCCUGAAGUGUCUUGGCCAUAAGGAAAGUUAAAAACAUAAAAUAAAAAGCUCUAAACCCACAAUAGUUAGAACCAUGGCAUAAUUUUGGCAUUGUCAUAGUGAUGUGAUAGCCUGUCCCAUUCCUAUUUCCUGUCCUGAAGCCACUCCACUGUUGUCUUGGCUGUUUGCUUCAGGUCGUUGUCUGAAAGGUGAACCAUUGCCCCAGUGUCAGCUCUCUGCACUCUGAAGCAGGUUUUAUUCCAGAACUUAUCUGUAUUUGACUGCAUUCAUCCUUCCCUCACUUCAGUUCUGACCAGUCUCCCUGUCCCUGCUGCUGAAAAGCCCCCGAUCCCCACAGCAUGAUGCUUCCUCCACCAUGCUUCACUGUAGGGAUGGUGUUAGCCAAGUGAUGAGCAGUGAAUGGUUCACAGGCAUGAUGCAUCUGACCAUACUUUGGAGUGACACAGCAGGGCAAUGAAUGUGUCUGAAAAUGAGAGAGUUCAUUUAUGGGGUACUGAGUGUUGAUUCCUGGGCAAAUGUUAUUAAUUAAAAAUUAAAUAUACAACGCAAAGUGUGCAAAAUAUAGGCUAGUAAUUUCUAAUGGUAUGUCUAUAUUGCAAUACCAAUUUGUGAUAAACCAAAACUAGCUGAGGUUUAGUCAGAACUGAAGGUUUAUAGCUAAUGCAUAUCAAACCGAAACUGUUAGGCCAUUGGACUGCUUUUACUUCGAGCUGAGCCUCCCAGGAGACCUUGCACUCAGAUCUUUUCUAUGUCCCCUGUAUCGGCACACCACAGUCUAACCCUGGCCCUAACUUAAACCACCUGUAAGCUUGAUGUGGGGUCGGGUUGUACAGUUCUGUUGCUUGAAAGUAGUUCAGGGUUCCAUACUUUCUUUCACGUCUGAUACAGUCUGUGUAAAUCAAGGUCCUUUUUAAACCAGUAUGAAUGACUAAAGUGCCCAUGUCAUGCUCAUUUUGCUCAUUUCCAGCCAUUUAAUGUUUAAUCUUGGGUACCUCUAGAUUAUCUUGGCACCCCUCAUAACUCCAAAUAGUCUAAUUAUUUCAAAAUGAUAAAACCAGAGACCCUCUUUCUAAAAACAAGAGAGUUCGUGAAUGUGCACAACUCCUGCUGCCAGUGUUGUGUUGCAAGUGAACAGCACAACGAACCGCA